AUGAGUCGUUUUAUAACGCGAAAUGCUCUCCUCUCGAAAAACAUUUUACUCUGCCCGAGGAAACUUUACCCCACGGCACGGAGACUCAUGGAAAUUGACAGUUCACAGGCGAAAUUUUUGGAGGAACCUCUCAUUAUGGUUGACGAAGCCGAUGCGGUGAAAGGUUACGAGACAAAAAGGGAUUGUCAUCUAAAGGCAAAUAUCAUCGAACACGGGAUGCUACAUCGGGCAUUCAGUGUUUUUCUGUUUAAUGGCAAGAGAGAAUUAUUGAUGCAACAAAGAUCAGACAAAAAGAUCACAUUUCCUGGUUAUAUUACAAAUACAUGCUGCAGUCAUCCGCUUCAUAAUGAAGAAGAGAUGGAAGAAUAUGGAAAUAUUGGUGUUAGAAAAGCUGCUAAGAGAAGACUCUCUUACGAGCUGGGAAUUCCAGGUGUGUGAGUAUAAGUGGGUGGGUUGUGGAAAUGACUACCACCACUAAUUUUACUAACUUCAUUUCAUUUCUGCAAACUCCCCCCACAAUCCCAAAGAUGGCCCCCGGUGCCCUAUGUAAAAGAACAAAGAUGGGUUGAAUUUUUGUCUGCACCUUUGAAAAAAGAACAGCAAAGUUUUGAGGGAAAAAUUGACCUGAUUGGAAAUUCUGCCUCCCUGUCCCCCCCUUACUGGGUUUUUACAUAGUUGCAGUCUUCUAUUGUUUAAGAUAAGUCUGGGACUUAGUUGUGUCAAAUUGCAUAAUCUAUGGAACUGUUUUGGGACACUGCUUUUAUUGCCUACUUCAAGAUUGGGAAGAAACUUGCUUUAUAAACAGUCCUUCAGUGUUUAUUCCAUUUGACACUAGCCCAGUCUAAUAUGCAACCUGAAAUGGCCAAUCAUUAAACAAAUUUCUCUUAAAGGGAGUAACCUGUAGUAGUAGGGUUAAGUUGUUCACUACUGUUGUUUCCACAAUUUUUCUUACAAUUAUUAUCUUUCAUCCAUCGUCAUCACCAUCAUCAAUCUUUACUUGUCAUUCCGUUGCUGCUUAGGUGUGUGCCUGGGUGUGAGCAAAAGAUCAACAUCAUUUUUGUAAUAAUAUUAAAUUAUUUGCAGCCUGACAGUUUAAAUAAUUUAUAUCAAAUUUAACAGAUUCUUGAAAAACAGACCUAUUCGGCUAACUCAAUGUUGUACCCAAUUCAAGUCUCCCGGGGAUAAGAUUCUUUGUGUAUUGUAUUUGCAUUCUAAUGUGGCAUUCACAUUUAAAUGAUAUGGAAAUUCUGAAACAAAACAUUUUAUUCCCAGAGGGUUUGAAUUGGGUACAACUUUGAGUUAGCCGAAUAGGUCUAUUAUGCCAUUUUAUUUCUCUUCUUUGCAGAUGAUGAAAUAUCAGUAGAUGAUUUGCGAUUCCUCACCAGGAUUCACUACAGAGCAGGUUCAGACAAAAUUUGGGGAGAACAUGAAAUGGACUAUGUACUGUUCAUGCAAAAAGAAGUAACACUGCAGCCAAAUGUUAACGAAGUCAAAGACUGUUGGUAUGCUUCACAGACCCAGAUCAAGGAACUUCUGCAAAAAUCCUCUGAAGACCCAAACACCUUAGUGACACCGUGGUUUAAAUUGAUUGCUGAUCACUUUUUAUUUAAAUGGUGGGCAAGCUUGAAUGACUUGUCUCACUUUGAAAAUGACAGAGAAAUUCACAGGAUGCCAGGAAUACCAACCUAG